AUGAGGGAACUGGGCCGCCUGUUUCGUACGCUUUGCGCAGAUCGACAUACCCGUUGGGUUAAAUGUUUGCCUGAUGUUGAAUUUUUUUUAAACGCAACAACCCAUGUUAGCACGGGCUAUUCACCUCUUGAGUUGCAAUUUGGGAAGGGUCCACGGGAUCGAGUAAUGGACAUUAUCAGAUUUCCUGAAGCGGAAGUCAUAUCGAGAGAAGCUAAAAUAGGUAUCGCGAGAGAUCGAUUAGUUAAGAGUUUUGAGAGAAGAUCUAAAAAUCAGAAACAUCUAUCCAAGAUUAAUUUGUGCGAAGGAGAUUUAGUCCUUCUGCAUGUUCCAAAACAAUCAGACGCGGUGAAAAAAGUAACGCGCAAAUUCUUUCACUUGUUUUACGGUCCGUAUGUUAUUCUGAAAGAUUAUGGUAAUGGGUCCUUUAAGCUGGGUGAUCCUGAGAAUCAAGACAAAGAAAUAGGGGUCCACCAUCAAAUAAAUUUAAAAAAAUAUAAAUCGGAAAAAGCAUGA